UUCUGCGAAGUCAUCCAGCCAACGUGAUCCAGUACAUCCUGUUUAACCGCAGUCGCUGGCAGUUGCCGCGGUGUCACAAACACACAGCCCUGAACACCUGAGCUUUCCGGUCCUGCCAGCCCGUGUGCUUCUUAUCAUCUCGUCCACUACGUCUCCUACACGUACCACGCCACGAUGAGCUCCACACUCAGAAAAGGAAUGCUCUUUGGCAUGGGCAACCCGCUGCUCGACAUAUCGGCUACUGUCGAAGAUGAUUUCUUGACGAAAUACUCAUUGAAACCCAACGACGCCAUUCUUGCCGACGAGAAACAUGCGGCUUUGUACACGGAGCUUGUGGGAAAAUAUGACUGCAGCUAUAUUGCAGGUGGUGCGACGCAAAACACUCUGCGGGUGUUUCAGUGGGUGGUCCAGGUUCCCGAAGUGACGACUUUCAUGGGAUGCAUCGGCCACGACAAGUUUGGCGGCAUCCUGGAGCAGAAGGCCAAGGAGGCCGGCGUGAACGUGCGCUACCAGUACAGCGACAAGGAGGCCACUGGAACUUGCGCGGUGCUCCUCACCCAGCAGGGCCGAAGCAGGUCUCUGUGUGCCAACCUGGCUGCAGCGCAGCUCUACUCUUCGGAGCACCUUUGCAAGCCCGACAACAAGGCUUUGAUGGAGGAAGCCUCCUAUUACUACAUUUCAGGAUUCUUCCUGAGUGUCAGCCUGGACAGCAUCCUGACGGUAGCCAAGCAUGCGUGCAGCAAGGGCAAGACGUUCUGCAUGAACCUGAGUGCCCCCUUCCUCUGCAGCAUCUUCAAGGAACAGAUGAUGCAGGCCUUCCCCUACAUCGACAUCCUCUUUGGCAACGAGACGGAAGCCCGUGAGUUUGCAAAUGUGCACAACUUGGGAACCACCGACACGGUCGAGAUUGCCAAGCUGAUCAGCAAGUUUCCCAAGGAGAGCGGCCACUUCGAGAGGAUGGUCGUCAUCACCCAGGGAGCGGAGGACGUGAUAGUUGCCCAAGGUAAUGAUACACAAACCUUUUCUGUGCCGAAGCUCAAGACUGAAGACAUUGUCGACACCAAUGGCGCCGGUGAUGCCUUUGUUGGAGGUUUUCUGGCCAUGUACCUGCUGGGAAAACCGAUCGAGACAUGCGUCCGUUGUGGCAUCACAGUUUCUGUGGAAGUAAUCAAAAAGUCCGGUUGCACCCUACCGGACCGGGAAAGUGUCCAUGUUGUAUAAUUCCGACGUGCAGUUUCCUUGUUAGCGGCUGGACUGGGACACUGUUUCCUUGUUAUAAGCCGCUGGACUAGGCUAAGCAAUUUCUUUGUUGCAAAGGACGGGGACUAGGUUACUUCGCUAAAACAUUCUUUAAUAGGAAAUUUGAUAAUGAAAUGUUAACCCUGUGAAUAAAUCACCUCUUUUUAUA